AAACAAAACCCGCAGGCUUCGCUACUGGGACCUGCUCUCCUCCCUCUCUCCACUAUCUAGAUCCCUCUUCACCUCUUCUUUUCCCACCAAGCUCUUUCACCCAUACACCAUGUCGACCGAAGCAGAAGACAGAAAAUUAGCAACUCGCACGCAUUACCGAUCGAUACUCCGAUCGAUCAAUCAGACCAUCUGCCAGUUAGAGACUGACCAUAUCGACCAGCAUGACGCUAAGAGAGCAGGAAUUCAGCAACGCUCCAUGUCUCUGGAAUCAAAGUCCGACAAUCCCUCCUUCUUCGUUCCAUAUGAGGAUGAAUAUGUGCAUUCAGAUGAUGACGAAUAUCCAACCUACGAACCCGACGUGGAAGACCGUUUGAAUGUGGGCCAAUUCCAUUACUACAUGCAAGACUGGUGUGGCCAAUCGUACCCGGAGGAUGAAAAUAAGCCCGAGGGCAUUCGCUUCAGAUCGAGGGCAGAGCUCGGUCUUGGGAUCCUAGCGGAAGUCAACAAUCACCACUGGCAUGUGUCCCUGAUAUGCUCUGCACCAGCAGUUACUGGGCCAUUACCUCACGUGAAAUGUCUCAUGGAGAGCGAAGCAACUGGAGAUAAUAGACUACUCCGAAGUGAAAUCGUCGCCAUCAUACAAACCAUGGUUGCUCGCUUGAACACCAAGUCCCUCCGUCCUCACAUAGUGGCCCCGGUCAUGUUAUAUUCCCUCGUGGGUCCACAGCACCUUCGCGUACUGGAAGCCUAUUUCAAUGGCAAGAAUCUUAUUAUUGGACAAACCAAGCUGUACGACAUGAGGGCAAAAGAUAUGGCAACCAUUGAUCUACUUACCCGAUGGUGGCUGGGGUUUGCCAAAGGUGAAACUAAAUCAAUCACAGUGGCACCUUCUUCGUAGCUUUUUUUCAGCAUCAUGUACCAGAGUGGGGUUCAAGGCGAGUAUCAGGUGUACUGGCUGUACGGAUAUUUUAUCGGAUGCAUUGAGCAAGUAAUGAUCCAAGGGUUUGGGCUUGGUGGUACGGAGGUGUUUGCGCAUCUUUAUGGGCUUUGGUCAAAAUUCUGCGGCGCGCUGGUUCUAAGGUUCUAUUAAACGUAUUUUGCU